AUGCCUCCUUCAACAGGGUUCCACACGUCCUUCGCCGUGAUCCUUCACAACCACACAAGCCGCAUAAUGCGCCGCUACCGCUACGACGUCCGCGGCGGCAUCUCCGUCCCCCCCGAAAUCAUAAACCCUCCAAAGGAUACCUCUGCAAAAGCACCAGGAACAGUUCUCGUAACAUCCGACAACAAAGACGACAGUACUGACUCUGACGAUGAUUUGGACUUUUUAAAAGUCGGACCCAAAGCAAAAUUAGUUUAUCACUGGAAUGACGAGGAUGGAACGUACAAAGUUGAAAUAAACUAUAACGAAAAGGACGGGUUUAAUGCGGACCUGAGUGGUCCCGAUGCUAGGAAGUUCAAGAUUAGGGUUAAUCAGACUGGAGCCGAACACACACAUCUUGAAAGAAAUGAUCCUGUCUCUCCUACAAAACCGACGCAUCGGAGGACGCAGAGUAGCGGAAGCAGUCCAGAAAAUAAAGCUGGUAAUAGGAGUAGCAGAUCAUUUGGGAAGAACGGUGUUAAAUUUGGGAAGGCCUUGACAGAUAGAUUUAAGGGGCCUGAUACCAGUAAAGCCAGCGGUGUUGCCUUCUUAUCGGUAACGGUAGAGAGGACAAGUGAGGAGGAUCUAAGAAGGUUGCAGGCCGAGGACGAGAAUACGCGGGAGGGAUUCCCAACGGUAGUAGAGGUUGACAGAGAGCACUAG